GACUGAACAAGACUUCUAAAAUGUGUGAAGCUAUUUACAGUCCUGAAGUGGUCCGGUAAACUAUUCCAUAAAGAAGCAGCAGCAAAGCUUAAAGAUUUCUUUCCAUAUGAGACAGCUGUCAUAAGAUCAAUUAAGAAAAUGGGAAAGACAACAGAUGGGGAAACAUCAAGAAAGAAUGAAACCAAGGAAACAGAUACUGAUACCAGGAAAAGUCAAAGGUUGAGACUGAAACCAGUCCUACAGGGACACACAAAAACAAUCAAGGAGAAGAAAAACUUGAAGAACCGUAAUAAGAAUUUAAAAUCUUUACAAGUAUAUCUGAAAGACAAGAAGAAAGAAAAGAAAACAGUUUCUAACAUAGACAUGAUAGAAAAGAAAGCCAAUUGUGAUACUACUACAAAAUCAAAUAAAGGUGAUGUAAAGAUAAAAUAUGACACGACAUGUAAAAUUUGCCAUCUGAAUCUGAAAACCGAACACAAAUUUCAUUAUCACAUGAAAACUCAACAUAGAGAGACAUCUCAGAAUCGUAAAAAGGAGUUAAAAUCUAUACAAGGGUCUCUGAAAUACAAGAAGAUAGAAAAGAAACCAGUAAAGAAAGCUAAUAAUUAUACUACAAGAGCAAUUAUGAAGGACGUCAAGAUAAAAUCAGAGGUAGAAAUUAAAACACAAAAUGAUAAUCUGGAUGAAAGGUCUCUUGAUUCAACAAAAUCUGUAAAAUGUAAACUCUGUCAGAAAGGUUACAAAAAUCAAUCUGGCUUGACUCAGCAUAUGAGAUUUACUCAUAAAACAUAUUGCAUUCAUUGUGAAGAAAAUUUAUCCUCAGUUGAUGAGUUGAAAGAACAUCUCAACAAGACUCAUAAUAUUUUUGCAUUUGAAGAUGGUUCACUCAAAUAUGGCUGUAAAAUUUGUGGAAAAACUUUUGCAAAUGGCCAUAAGUUGAAAGCUCAUCAGUAUGUUCACGACAUUCAUCCACCAUUGAAGUGCAAAAUCUGUCAUCAGACUCUGAAAACGGAAAAUACAUUAAGUUAUCACAUGAAAACUAAACAUGACGAGACAUAUCAGAAAAAUGUUUCAUGCGAAUAUUGUGGAAAGCUAUUCUGGUGUAAGUCUGAAUUGGAUAAACAUUUACGUGUCCAUACAAAUGAACGACCAUAUUUAUGCCAUAUUUGUAGCAGUUCUUUCAAGACAACAGGGAAUUUAAGAAAUCAUCAACGAGCUAUUCAUGAAAAUCACUUUUGGAUUUGUGACGUAUGUGGACAGAAAUUUAAAUCAAAACCUCGUUUCCAGGAACAUUUGUAUAAAGAAAAACAUGGCAAAGACGGAAAACCCAUCCAAUAUAAAGAAUUCCCUUGUAAUGAAUGCAGUAAAAUUUUCCCACGUAAAAUUGACUUUCAAAUUCAUUUCCGUAUUCAUUCUGGAGCUAAACCUUACAAAUGUCUUGAAUGUGGUCGAGCUUUCCGCUGUCAUAACCAUCUUACACAACACAAAGUUACCCAUACUGGUGAAAAACCUUUUAAAUGUAAAUUUUGUGGUAAGGGUUUCAGUCAGUACGCUAAUGUCAACUGUCACAUGAAAAAGCAGUGCAAGUUCAAAGGUCAAGAAAAUAAAAAUCAUUCACCCAAGCAAGAUUCCACUCAAGUCUUUGAUCAUAGUUUAAUGUUGAAUGAGAGUUCAAUUCGUUUAGUAGCACCACCAGGCGUUAACAAAAUUAAGAAGGAAAAAAAACGAAAACCAAAAGAACCAAUCAAACCUGAAAACACCAGUUGGAAAGUUAAGCAUGUAUCAGCAGACAAUGAAGGACCAGAAAAAAUAUACAUUAAUCAUAAAGGCACGCAAUCAGACUUUUCUAUUAAGACCGAAAACAAAGAAGAAGUUAAACCUGAUAAAGUUGUAGAUUUUCUAGUCGAUAACAUUGUUGAAGAUAUGCUGAAUGAUGUACGUAAUAAUGCUGAAAAGAAAGAUGAUGGCAGCCAUGAAGGUGGAGAAGAAGUCAUUAAUGUUGUAAGCGCUGUUAAAAAUGUCAGUAGCCAAGAUGGUAGUGGAGGACUCGUCAAUGUUGUUGAUACUUGUAAAGAUGUCAUGGAGAGUGAUCAUACUACAAACAAACAUGCCAGUCAGGACGAUAGCUGUGGAAUUGUAAAUAUACUCAAAGAUGCCAGCCAGAAUGGUGGAUGUGCAGUGGUUGACAUUAACGAAGAUGGUAGUGUGAAUGGCGGAUGUGGAGUGGUUGACAUUAACAAAGAUGCCAGCCAGAAUGGUGGAUGUGCAGUGGUUGACAUUAACAAAGAUGGUAACGUGAAUGGUGGAUGUGGAAUUGUUAACAAUGUUGAUAAAGAGAUACAACAGUUGCCAGCUGAUAUAGAUGGUGAAAUUUUACAACCAGUAGUGUUUACAGCAGAACCUCACGUUUCUGAGGUCUCUAAUUCUGAAGACAAACCAAAUCUAACACUUACCGACAACCGUCAAAUUAUGAUUCUGAGAAGUGAUGAUAUGCAAGAAAGCAAGGUAGUCCUAGCUGAAAUCACAGAAAAUGGAAUGAUGCGCUACAUACCAGUACCGAUAACAGACCAAGAUGGAGCAACAAUGUUUAUAUUAGAUUCUGCAAAUACUGAGCAUCAUUCAAAGACAUAUCAUAGUCAAUAUGAAACAUUGAUAGGCAAUGCAGAAAGGGAGACAAUUCAUAUUCAUUCUCAACAAGGGUUAGGAACUGCAAGUAUACCACAUGGUGUUGAAACAAGACCCCAGGGUCAACAAACUGCAGGUGUACAGCAAGUUCUUGAAUCUGCAGGUGAACAAUCUGCAAGUAUACAACAUUGCUUUGAAAAUACAACCAAUGUAGAAAAGAUAGAUCAAGAAGGUUUUGAACAACAGGAAGUAACAUACUCUACAAUAUACAGUCUGUCAGAAAUGAAAUCUGUAGAUAAUGAUAUUUAAUGCCACAAAUUGUUGUAAAUAAUUUAAUGGUUAAAAUGCUGUAAUUGCAGUCAAUAAUCAUGAUCAUGUCAAUGAUUUAUCAUGAUAACAAUUUUUUCUCAUGUAGUAUAUGAUUACACCUUACAUGCCUUAAUGGAGGUAUAGUUACCUUCAUUAUACUGUAUAUUUUUUGAUUUUUUUCCCAUGUCCCAUACCCCACUUACUCCCUUGUAUGGCCAAACAUUAAAAAAAAAUUUUUUU